UUCGUCUGCUACUUUUUUUGCCUUCCUAAUUUUUAAAAUUAUAAUGUGGCAACUUGUUACCUUGACAUGAAUGCAGACUAUUGCAAGCAGUCGGUGUAAAUUUCAUACGAUAGUCGUAGCUGUUAAAAGUAUUUACAUAUGAUGCAUAUUGUUUCAAACAUUUUUGCUUUAGUUUGUACAUUAUUUUUUGUCUACAGUUUGAAAUGGUUGAAACGCAGUCUCAAAAACUACAUAAUUUUACAAAAAUUAUCUGGACCUCCACGUCAAGGAUUCAUUUUCGGAAACGUCUCGUAUUUGUGUGAAAGUUCAGACGUCGUUUUCAAACAACUAAGAGAAGUGGGGCGAAAUUUCUACCCGAUUUACAAGUUCUUCGUUCUUCAUGAAAUAGGAGCGAACGUUUUAAGCCCUGAAGAUAUCGAGUUAAUUUUGUCCAAUCCCGUUCACAACGAAAAAGGAAAAUUCUAUAAGGCGCUCCAUAGAUGGCUCAAAUCGGGUCUUCUGACCAGCAAUGGCGAAAAGUGGCAAACACGCAGAAAAAUUCUAACACCGGCUUUUCAUUUCAAUAUUCUGCAACAAUUCGUGGUGGUUUUCAACGAAGAAGCACAAAAGUUGGUACAAUCAGUGAAACAUGACUCUAGCGUCAACGUAACAGAGCUUAUGUCAAACUUCUCCUUAAAAAUCAUUACAGAAACAGCAAUGGGCACAAAGCUUGAGUUUCAAACACAGCGAGAACAAGAAUACAAGAAAGCAAUCCACGAAAGUGGCAAAAUCCUUCUAUAUAGAAUCCUCCAUCCGUGGUUUAUCGAAGAUGUGUUCAAUUUGUUUAGUCCGCACUUUUUCAGAGAGUGUAAACUAUUGAAAACGCUGCACAACUUCACUAGACACGUAAUUAAAGAAAAGGAGAAGAAAUUUGAAGAAAUAGGGUUAGUGGAAGACUCAGAUAGAGGGAAGAAACCUCUAGCCAUGUUAGAUCUUCUUUUCCAUGCUAAAAAACAAAGAAUUAUCGACGUGGAAGGUAUUCAAGAAGAAGUCGACACUUUUAUGUUUGAAGGACACGACACGGUUUCUGCAGCCUUAAUCUUCACCCUCAUGCUUCUGGCAAACAAUAGAAACAUCCAGGAACGCAUCGUUGAAGAAAUGCAACAAAUCAUCGACACAGAACCCACCUACAACGAUUUGCAAAAUUUGAAGUAUAUGGAACGAUGCAUCAAAGAAAGUCUUCGUUUGUACCCAAGCGUUCACUUCAUUACGAGACAUCUAGGGGAGGAUGUAACCACCCACAGCGGAUAUUUCCUUCCAAAAGGGACACAUGUAGCCGUUCACAUUUACGACAUUCACCACAAUCCUGACAUUUAUCCUGAUCCCGAAAAGUUUGAUCCUGAUAGAUUUCUUCCAGAGAAUUGUCAAAAAAGACACCCUUUUGCCUAUAUACCGUUUAGUGCUGGGCAGCGAAACUGUAUAGGGCAAAAAUUCGCCACUCUGGAAAUGAAGGUUGUUCUGUGUGCCAUUUUGAGUAAAUUUAUACUGGAGCCUGUGCAUGCUCCAGAAAACGUUGUACUUUUAGCGGAUAUCGUUCUACGGAGUAAAGAUGACAUUAGAGUUAAGUUUGUUCCUAGGUCAUAAUGUCACGAGUGUUAAAAAAUUAUGUAUUAUAUAAUGAUAUAAUAAUGUGUAAUUUUUGAAAAA